AUGAACGGGUUCGCAGGAGCAAAAAACGCAGGAACAGCGCAAGAUAUCACGAUCUGCACGAGUAUCUGGCCAUCUACGUCGUACGAGCUUUUUGGCUCUGAACAAUAUGCCACAUUAGCAGCACAUGCAAGGAAAGAGAUAGCGGCAUCCUCACGCUCACAUUGCCAGGUGUUACCUGAGACAGAGUACAUAGAGGAGCUGGGAAGGAUAAUGAGAUUUGUUCAAGAAUCAACACACAAGCCUCUCGAAACGGUUCUUGACGGGCUCCUCACACACGGCCCUUCGUCAUCCAGAAAUCAACAUGAGCGGUAUUCUGCGAUUGUAUGCGUUGCAGCUUCACUCUGCACAAUGACAAGAAUCCGACCACAUGUGAUUACAGACAUGGAACCGGAGACGACAAAAGUCUGGAGGACAGAAGAGUCUCUGAAUAAUAUUAUUACGCAACUUUUCGAAACGACAUCACCCACUGAGUCAAACAGCCGAUCCAUUGACCAGAAGUUGACAAUAGGGCAUCUGGCUCAAUAUCACAACUGCAGAGUUGUCUGGACAGAUCGGUUGGACAAGCACCUCAGUAUUCAAAGACACCACAGCGACAGGAUCGUUCUCAUCUUUCAGCACAAAAUCUGGCUCUCUGCCCAUCUCGGUCAAAACGAACGAUGUCUCGUACCCCCGGAGCUCAUUUGUGAGACCCUUGACACUCUCAAUCUCUUAUUCCCACACAACGACCAGCAGACCAAAUCAUUUCUUCACAAACAAGGUCAGAAGUUCUAUAGCCUAGGCUACUGUGGAAGAGAUAGAAAGCUGAACUUAAGUGACUAUCCUCAUUGGGGCAACAAGAUUGAGGAACUCUUGGACAUGCUCGAGGGGCCGAGGAGCGGAAUAUGGCAUUUCCUUCCAAGACCAGACAAGCGAAACCUGCUCGAGUCAGCCAACUUCUGGAUUGCAACAGCGGCUGCCCUUCUCGCCUUUGUGGGGUUCAUACUUGGUCUUAUGUCCAUCGUCUACGCAAAGUGGUCAUACGACAUCAGCAGAGAGUCCUUGGUUGUUUCCCGGGACUCGCUAGAGCUCACAAGGAUACAAUACCUACUUUCGCUGGCUCAGGCAUGCUCGGAUGCCAAUGAAGCCCGACUGCUGCCAGAUUUUUGCUCAGCCGAGGAGUAA